AUGGCACCCACCGAGUCCGCCAUUUUGCACAAUUACCUGACUUCCCCGGCCCAGCUACCCUCCGCCAUCACACUCGAGGAGUUCACCGAACUCUUCCCCAAGGCGCACCGCGCCAACCCGCAAAUCCGCUCUCUGUACCGCGAUUUGCAGCACCAGAGGAGAGUGCUUGUCGACACAGUUACAGAAAACAUCACAGCCGAGGAGAAACGCGGGAGGGCCAUCAAGCGCGAGAUUGCCCGUGCCCGAAUCCGCGCGGCAGACGAGGAUGCCGACCUCGAGCUUGAGAUUGAAAGAGCUCUUUUUGGCUCGAUGGGGGCGCAAGACGCCAAACACACUCUGAACUCUAUCGUCCCAGAGAUGGAUGUGGCCAUAGCCGAUCUCGAAGCAGAGAUCCAGAAGCUCGAGGCACAGGAAGCGACCUUGCUGGACUCAAUCAAACAGACAGUCGGCACCAUGAGUGAUCUGCGCUACGGGCGUCUUUCCAACCCCAAACUCAAGGAAGACGUUAUUCAAGGUCUCAAAAGCGUACAAGAGGCGUGCGACGGAAAAAGUUGA